CCUAGAGGAAAUAACAUUGAUAAAUCUUUUUUUUUUCUUUUUUUUUAGCUCUUCAGUGAAGGUUCUAUGGACCAUGGAAAUAGCAGCACCAUAGUGAGUGGAUUUUUCUUCCAGGGACUAGUGAAGUCUUUGGAACUACAGGCCCUAUUAUUUGUCGUUUUCUUUAUUGUAUAUAUCGCUGCCGUUUUGGGCAAUCUCUUUGUAGUUUUAACUAUCUGGACUAGUCCUCGUCUCCACACACCCAUGUACUCCCUCCUUGGCCACUUGUCUUUUGUUGAUAUUUGCUAUUCCUUAAUAGCCACUCCAAGGAUGCUGAGGGAUCUGCUGGUGGAGAAUAAGCAAAUUUCAUUUUCAGGUUGUUUUACCCAGCUCUUCUUCAUUCAUUUCCUAGGUGGCACUGAGAUUCUUAAUCUGGUAGUCAUGGCAUUUGAUCGCUAUGUUGCCAUCUGCAGACCAUUACAUUAUGCUGCCAUAAUGAAUCCAAUGACCACAAACCGUUUAUUAUUGGCCUCUUGGCUAGGAGGAUUGAUACAUUCAUCCCUUCAACUUGCCCUCUUGCUUCCCCUUCCCUUCUGUGGUCCCAAUCUGCUGGAUAACUUCUACUGUGAUAUCAUUCAGGUUUUGGAGCUGGCCUGCACAGACACAUAUGGUGUGGAACUUCUGCUGGUUGGCAACAGUGGGCUGGUCACCUUGAUAGUCUUUCUGGCUUUGCUCACCUCCUACUCUGUUAUCCUUCUUACUCUAAGAACCCAUUCAGCCCAUGCCCGUGCUAAGGCUUUAUCUACUUGUGGUGCCCACAUAACAGUGGUACUAAUGACCUUCAUUCCUGCACUCUGGGUCUAUGCUUGGCCUUUUCGGGAUCAAUCCCAAGACAAGGGUAUCUCAGUGCUACACAUUGUGCUAUUGCCUAUGCUCAACCCCUUAGUAUAUACUCUGAGGAACAAGGAAAUGCAUGAAGUCAUGAAAGGUGGUUGCAUGAAGGCUGUCAUUUGGUUAAGAAGAUAA